ACAAACUAGUCAUUUUGCUGUCUUUCUGGAUAUCGUCUGGACUUGGUGAGAUACGAAGGUCUGUGCAUUCCUAACCUUGGAUCCUCAUCUACUGUUCCACCUCAAUGCAAAUGAAAAAAAACAAAUGAAAGAGGAAACAGGUAAAACAUGGAGAAUACCACUGAUACCUUUCAUGAAGCCUUCAAUUUUACACAGAGUGAAGUUCUGACCAAAAUGCCUCAGAACCCCAUUGAAGUUCAAGUUAUCACAAUUGUUCUAGCACUUCUAAUAUGUGGAGUUGGUAUAGCAGGAAAUGUAAUGGUGGUGCUGGUUGUCCUGCGCACCAAGCACAUGAUGACCCCUACUAACUGUUAUCUCGUCAGUCUGGCUGUUGCGGACCUUAUCGUUCUCUUAGCGGCAGGUUUACCCAAUAUUUCCGAAGUAGUCGACUCCUGGAUUUACGGUUACGCUGGGUGCCUUUGUAUCACAUAUCUACAAUACCUGGGUAUCAAUGUCUCCUCCUGCUCCAUCACUGCCUUCACCAUUGAGCGCUACAUCGCUAUAUGUCACUCCAUCAAAGCGCAAUUUAUUUGCACGGUGUCUAGGGCGAAGAGGAUCAUUGCAUGUGUGUGGAUUUUCACCUCGCUGUACUGCAUAAUGUGGUUCUUUUUAGUGGACACGAACAAAACUCGCCACGCAGACGGAGUGGUGGUCAGCUGUGGCUACCGUGUCUCGAGAAACCUCUACAUGCCAAUUUACUUUCUAGACUUUACUUUGUUUUACGUCAUCCCUCUGAUUGUGGCUACUGUGCUGUACGGUCUCAUCGCGAGGAUUUUAUUUAUGAGCCCCUUGCCUACUAGUCUCUACGACAGAAAGGAAGGUUCAAUACACCGGGGGCACUCUUCCAACACGGUCAAGGUGUCAGGCAAAUCGGACAAGGGCGCAGUGACGUCAAGAAAACAGGUUACGAAGAUGCUAGCAGUGGUGGUGAUUCUUUUCGCUCUGCUCUGGAUGCCAUACCGGACAUUGGUGGUAGUCAACUCUUUCAUGGACCCACCUUACCUCAACACGUGGUUCCUGCUCUUCUGCCGCAUGAGCAUCUACACCAACAGCGCAAUCAACCCCAUCAUCUACAACCUAAUGUCUCAGAAGUUCCGAGCCGCGUUCAGAAGGCUUUGCAAGUGCAAAGACCCGGAGAAGCUCACUAAGUACAAUGUGCCGGUGUGUUAUAGUGUCAUAAAGGACUCCUCACAUGAGAGCCCUACCCAGACAGAGCAGGAGGAUGUCAGCAGCUAUUGUAACACUGGUGGCAAGAGGGUCAACUUUAAAGAUGAGUGUGUGGACACCGACACUAUGUUUAGCAUUGCCUGACAGGUGAAAGGAAAGAAAAUGGAGAGCAAAUAUUGGUGGGAAAUUUGUUAAUAUAGUGCAGGGACGUGCAACGUGGAUGGUGGUGGGGGCCACAGAAUUUAUGUACUGGUCAUCAAGAUUAACUUGGAACACACACACACACACACACACACAGGUCCGUGUAUUGUAUGUAGUUAUUAACAAAUGCAUAAAAAGUACACUAGGUCUGAUGCUAGUUAACGUAAAUCUGGGCAAUUUUUUAAUAUCGAUCAACGUGCCGUUUUCCCGCUCUGCUCAUCUCUUCCGAGAUUCAACACGUUUGCUGCCAUGUUAUUAAACAUGUUAAGCCUUUGAACGUUAUAGGUUUUUUGGCUGUUUUCAAUACAUUGAUAUUUUGGCUUGUACAGAGACUUCUGUAAUAAGUAUCAUCAAGUGUUUUAUGGCUCAAACAUCAGCUACACUAAGAAAUACACCACAACAGAUUUCUCAGACCCUGAAAUUUAUGUGUGAACAUACCAAAAAUUAUUUCAAGUCUAUUUCAUUUUUUGUUUCCAGCAUAGAUUUUGGUUCCAACACACACUUUCCAACAAAUCUAAGGUCAAACAUAUUUUUUUUAUAUUUUAUUUUGUGUGUAUAUCCUUUUACUGUUUUCUAAAUUCAUCUGAGGGCCGCACUAACAGGGGGUGGGGGCCACAUUUGUCCCACAGGCUGCCAGUUGGCCAUGCCUGAUAUAGUACAUGUGCGUUUGUUCACUUAAGGUGAUGUACAGUACACUAUUUGUGCCGUGUCAGUACAAGCACACUUUCUCUUGUAGAUAUACUUUAUUGUAUAUACUUGUUGUUAUUUACUAUGUAUUUAUUGCAGGAAUUUAUCAACCCAAUACUAUAUCGUGUACAUCCCUAUAGCACAGCACAAACCUAUAGUAGGUUGACUAGUGUAUAAAGGGGACAGUUUCUGAGUAUUGUGAAAAUGGGACACCUGCAAAGAUUUCUAUUGGUUUUAAUGUCCCAUUGUACUAACGGCCCCAUUUUCACAAUGCUCACCCUAUAUUAUCUAAAAUAUAAAUAGAAGUACCUGCUUAAAAGUCUCUUUGAUCCAAACUAUCUAAAAUAUACUAUCCUAUGUAUCGUCUUUGCAUUUUAAUUGGAAACGUUCAUACAAAGAGUAGCAGAUUAUUAGACUAGUUAACCAAUAUAUAUGUACCAGUGAGAAACAAAAACAACACAACAGAGUACGUUUUGUGUAUUACUUACAAGAAGAAAAUACCUGAAUUUCAGGUUGUAUGUCACUUUAAACAUAUUACCACUAAACCUUCAUUAAGAUUUUGUGUCUGUUGGUAGUUGGUUUGGCCUCUUGAAGCCACUGAUGCUUUUGUUCUCUUCAUGCUCUAGGCAGUUUCCAUUUUGCUAAGUGUAUGUUUGAAGCAGGUUAAUAAGUCCCAUAGUAAAAUGUGAAAGUGUUUAUUAUGCCAAGGCUUUGUAAUAUACCUUUGUUUUGCAUUUUGUAAUUCUCAAUUAGGAAUGGUCUUUAUUUUUUUUAGGGGGCAUGGUUUGUGUGACUGACUAUAUGUUAAUUUAAUUAAACCAAGGACCCACUA